UAAGUUCAAGAUCCCAGUCUCUUGAUCUGACUCGGCCAGUCAUCAAACAUUCAUACGCCAAACAAAAUGGCGGGUGGACGACCACCAGAAAAUAUACUGAACAUUUGACUCUAAGCCGGGCAGCAAAUAGACCACCAUGACUCUAGCACGGGGGGAGAGAGAAUGGAACUUGCUAAUAAGCGAGGGUUUUGCUUAAGAGUUAAGCACUCUUUUUACAGAUGCUUCAAUAUUCUUGUUUUUAGUACAACAUCUGUAAAAAAAAGCUGGAAAGUAAACGCCAAGCUCUCAAGAUAUUGAUGGGGGAUUUAGAAUCCUGCCAACGCGAAAGGGAUAUUUACAAAAACAAGAUCAAACAACUUCAACAAGAAGUUGACAAUUACAAGAAACAGGAGAGAGAAAGGGAGAUGAAGGCAUUGCGCGGCGGGAGAUCCCCCAUGUCGCCAAGGUCACCAGAACACCAUAAGAGUCUAAAGAGGGAAAGAAGACUUUCUGGAAAUAGCAUUUGGGAGCAAGAAUUACAAAAUGUCAGAGACAGAAAAAACAAGACACUAUCUCAAUUAUUAUGUGAGUCCCGGGAGGAGAACAAGGCGCUAGUGAACGACUUCAAUGACUUGAGGGGGCUGUACAAGGAGGCCCAGGAAGACAUCUUGCUGCUAAGGGAGAAUCUCGCCAGACAGCGGAGCAGCUUCAAAGGUCAAGGCACCUCUGAGGACCUGGAGGCUCGGCAAAACCUUAUUAAGGAGCUUGAACAAAGCCGUGAAAAGGAACAACAGCUUGAGAGGGAUUUACAGGCUGUUCACGAUGAAAAAGGCGAAGUUGCUGUUGAGAGAGACCACUAUAGAGAAAAGUCAAACAGGCUGAACACUCAGCUAAAUUUUAUUCUUGGGGCGGAUGAGCAACGCCUGGUUGAUAUUGAUGCAGUGUUAAUGGAAAACAGGUACCAGAGAGAGCAUAUCAAGCAACUGAAAGAAGAGAAGUCCAUGGCCUCAGCAGCACUUAAUAGAUAUAAAGCUGCUUUUGAGAAAAAGAAGAAUCGCCUCCUGCAGGCUGGAUAUGGCCAACCUGGGAACCACACUGGUGUACAUGGGGCUAAGCAAGUUUUUCCUGCCAUAUUGUCAGAGCUGACUCACUCUUUUGGAGGUGGAGGAGUGUCUACAAACACUGCAAGUGAACUCCAAUUCCUUGCCAACUCACUGUCAGAGAGUUUGUCUGAGAAAGAUAUUGCACUUCUCCAUCAAAAGAACACAAAUAGAAUUCUGGGUAACCGUGUAGCUGAGUUGGAGAAGAAGUUGAAGACCCUGGAAGUAUCAGGUCUCUGGUCUCUUGAAGGUCACCGUGGUUACGGCUCAGAUGGGAUGGGGACUAUGAAACUCAGAAGAUCACCACGUACCUCAAAUGCAGAUGUCAAUCAAAACAGCACACCCCAUAGGGAGGCUAAUCAGUCAGACUCUAGCCCAAUCCAUGAUCCUGAGGACCCAGUGUUUCUUUUUAAAGACCAAGAGAAUCAUGGGAUUAAUGAUGCUUGUCUGGUUGAUGUUAAUUCAGAAGACUUCAAUCUAACCCUUUCUGAUGAGGACUGUGACAUUGAAGGUGCUUCUUUUGGGGCAUUCUCUAGUAUGGAAGAGCAUUCCAUAUCUGUCAGCUCCAAGAUAACUUCCUCCACAGAGGAUGAGACAGAAGAUAGUGGCCAAGGAGAGUGUGAGAGGGACUUCACUCCAGAGAGAAUUCCUCCCAAGAAGCCAAACCAAGUUAAUUCUAAUGUUCCAAAUGAUGAGGAUUUUUCUUCUCAUACAGACUCUAAUGAUCAUGUGACAUCUGAUACACAAAAUGAUGCAGAUUUUUCUUCCAAUACAGAGUCUAGUGAUCGAUUGAAUCCUGAUACUCAAAAUGAUUUUUCACCAGAAAGAACAGCAAGUCCUCUGGACACUACAGAGAAUUCCCCUUGCCCCACUGUUAGUGAUCGGCUGGAAGUAAAUAAUGGAUUGACAUCUUGUAAUGAUGAGAGUGAGUACUACCACUGCACGGAUGUUAAUGGUAAUGGUACACUACAGCAGGAGUAAUAACCUUAAACAA